AGACACAACACAGGUGAGAGAGAGAGAGAAAAAUAGUCUUUACUCUUCUUCAGUGAGAGAGAGAGAAGUUAGAGCUGUAAAAGCACAUGACUUCAAUACCAUUGGGGCAUCCUCAGCCUCCGUCUUUAGCUCCUCAGCCGCCGCAUCUUCACGGCGGAGAUGCUUUGAAACGUCGUCCCGAUAUUGAUUCAGACAAGGAAAUGUCUGCUGCUGUUAUAGAAGGAAAUGAUGCUGUUACCGGUCAUAUCAUUUCUACUACAAUUGGAGGCAAAAAUGGUGAACCUAAACAGACCAUUAGUUACAUGGCCGAACGGGUUGUUGGAACAGGAUCAUUCGGAAUUGUAUUCCAGGCAAAAUGCUUGGAAACUGGAGAAUCAGUAGCCAUUAAGAAGGUUUUGCAAGAUCGCCGCUAUAAAAACCGAGAGCUGCAACUAAUGCGGCUAAUGGACCACCCAAAUGUGGUUUCCUUGAAGCAUUGUUUCUUCUCUACAACCACUAGAGAUGAACUCUUUCUCAAUCUGGUUAUGGAGUAUGUACCAGAGACACUGUAUCGAGUUCUGAAGCACUAUACUAGUUCAAACCAGCGGAUGCCUAUUUUCUAUGUCAAACUUUACACAUACCAAAUCUUCAGAGGCUUGGCUUAUAUCCAUACUGCUCCUGGUGUCUGCCACAGAGAUGUGAAACCACAGAAUCUUUUGGUUGAUCCCCUCACCCAUCAGUGUAAGCUCUGUGAUUUUGGAAGUGCAAAAGUACUGGUGAAAGGUGAAGCAAACAUAUCAUAUAUCUGCUCUCGGUAUUACCGAGCUCCAGAACUCAUCUUUGGGGCCACAGAGUAUACAUCAUCCAUUGAUAUAUGGUCUGCUGGUUGUGUUCUGGCAGAGCUACUUCUUGGCCAGCCGUUAUUCCCGGGAGAAAAUUCUGUGGACCAGCUAGUGGAGAUCAUAAAGGUUCUUGGUACUCCAACUCGCGAAGAAAUCCGGUGCAUGAACCCAAACUACACAGACUUCAGAUUCCCACAAAUCAAAGCUCACCCUUGGCAUAAGGUUUUCCACAAGCGGAUGCCUCCAGAAGCCAUUGACCUUGCAUCUCGGCUUCUUCAAUACUCACCAAGUCUACGUUGCACUGCGCUCGAAGCAUGCGCACAUCCUUUUUUCAAUGAACUCCGUGAGCCAAAUGCUCGUCUUCCAAAUGGCCGACCUCUACCACUGUUGUUCAACUUCAAACAAGAGUUAUCUGGGGCGUCACCGGAGCUUAUCAACAGGCUAAUACCAGAGCAUGUGAGGCGACAGAUGAAUGGUGGCUUUCCAUUUCAAGCUGGUCCCUAGAAAAACGAUUUCAAAAUGCUUUUCGAUAGCAAACUGCCUUCCGGAAAGGAGGAGAAGGGGAUUUACUUCUUUCUGAUUAACCAAGUAUCAGCUUCUGAGAAGAGAUGAUGUCUCCUCCUUAGACGUGGCCAAUUCAGCCUUUUGAGAAAUCAGGAGGUGAUGAUUGUGUCUAUUAUAUUCUUUUUGUUCACUGACUUGUAGAGAUACUUUUUCUCGUGUAUCAGUAUUUGUAUAUGUUUUUGUCCUUAAAAAUGAAACAAAAAACAUUCC